GCCAAAUUGCGGAACGCGAGGGGCGAGCGCGAGGGAGCCCCCCUCCAAAACCCCCGCCCGCCCUAGGAGCGCCUGCAGCGGCGGCCCGGCGAGGAUCCGCGCCAGGAGAUGAUAGAAAGUGACAUCUCAUCCAUGAUGUCAGGAAUUAUUCGAAACUCAGGGCAAAACCACCACCCCUCUCCGCAGGAGUACAGGCUCCUGGCUACCUGCAGUGAUGAUGACCUUCCUGGGGACCUGCAGUCCCUGUCAUGGCUCACAGCGGUGGACGUGCCACGGCUGCAGCAGAUGGCGAGUGGCCGCAUGGACCUGGGUGGCCCCGGUGUGCCGCCCCCACACCCAGGUGCCUUGGCCAGGGCGGCUGACCUGCACGUGGGAGCUACUGCAGGUGCCCUGCUCCACGGCCCGGCUGGCGUGGCCCCCCCAGGCAUUCUCGGCCUGGGCCCCAUAGCCAAUCACGGAGACACUGUGAGCCAGAUCCCUGUGGGAAGCCAGCCCUCAUCCGGCCUGCAGGACUCGCCACAGCUGUACUCGUCCACCCCCCAGACACAGUUACCACUCCCCGCAGGCCUGCAGCAGUGCCCUCCCGUGAGCCUGUAUGGCUCCCCAUUUGGAGCACGGUCUCUGUACCCCCAGCCCCGCAUGGCUGUCCAUUCAUCUCAGGAACUGCACCCCAAACACUACCCCAAGCCCAUCUACUCAUACAGCUGUCUGAUCGCCAUGGCCUUGAAGAACAGCAAGACAGGCAGCCUGCCCGUGAGUGAGAUCUACAGCUUCAUGAAGGAGCACUUCCCCUACUUCAAGACAGCUCCCGAUGGCUGGAAGAACUCGGUGAGACACAACCUGUCCCUGAACAAGUGCUUCGAGAAGGUAGAGAACAAGAUGAGUGGCUCCUCACGCAAGGGCUGCCUGUGGGCCCUUAACCUGGCCCGCAUUGACAAGAUGGAGGAGGAGAUGUACAAGUGGAAGAGAAAGGACCUUGCCGCCAUCCACCGGAGCAUGGCCAACCCCGAGGAGCUGGACAAACUGAUCUCGGACCGACCAGAAAGCUGCAGACGGCCUGGCAACCCCGAGACCACUGUGUUGACUCAUGCCGCCACGGUGGCCAUGGCCCACGGCUGCCUGGCUGUCUCCCAGCUCCCACCCCAGCCCCUGGUGACCCUGUCCUUGCAGUCAGUCCCCCUGCACCACCAGGUCCAGCCCCAGGCACAUCUGGCCCCAGAUUCUCCAGCCCCAGCACAGACCCCGCCCCUGCAUGCCCUGCCGGACCUGAGCCCCAGCCCCCUGCCCCAUCCUGCCCUGGGAAGGGCCCCCAUGGACUUCAUCAACAUCAGCACCGACAUGAGCACCGAGGUGGACGCCCUGGACCCCAGCAUCAUGGACUUCGCUCUGCAGGGGAACCUCUGGGAAGAGAUGAAGGAUGGGGGCUUCAGCCUGGACACCCUGGGGGCCUUCGGAGACUCUCCCCUUGGCUGUGAGCUGGGGGCUUCAGGCCUGACCCCCGUCUCCGGCGGGAGCGACCAGUCCUUCCCAGACUUGCAGGUGACGGGUCUCUAUGCCUCGUACUCGACCCCAGACAGCGUGACCGCGUCAGCCACCACCUCCUCCUCCCAGUACCUGGGCGCCCCAGGGAACAAGCCCAUAGCCCUGCUUUGA